AAAAUAUAGAAAAUUAAUGGAAAAAAUCAUUAAUUUUCUUAAAAAUACCCAUUUUUAUUAUAUUGAAAAUAUAUAAGAUUAAGGAAAAUGAAUAAUUCUGCCGUGCCAUUUGGCAUACAAAGUACAGCCGGAGCUGUUCCCGUGCGAAAUGAAAAAGGGCAAAUUUCCAUGCAAAAGGUGAAGGUGCAGCGAUAUAUAUCAGGUAAAAGACCAGAUUAUGCCAAGUAUGGUUCCAGUUCGGAGGACAGUGAUUUAGAAGAUUUCAUUGAUCACCGUCGUAAACAACAGGCAGCAGCCCAAAAUGAGAGACGUCAACGCAAAGAAAACAAAGAGGAAGAACGCAGACGCCAUGAGGAGGAUCCUGAGAAUGAAGAACAGGAGGAAGCAGAGGUUGAUGAUCCUCGUCUUAGACGCCUAAGAGCGCGGCCUGUCGAACCCGAUGAAUUGGAAAGAGAACGUAUGGAACGCCAUCGUCACAUACACGAACCAGAGCUACUGGAAGAAAGUGAUUCAGAAGACAAUGAGGAGGAAGAAGAACAUACCAUAGAAAAGGUAACAAACAAAAUUACUUUAGCCUCUGAAUCGGACUCUGAUUCCGACAUUAGCGAAUCGGAAUUGGAAAACAGACGUGUCAAAUUAAGACAGCGCAUGUUGCAACAACAAAAGGAAGAGGAAAUUCUGCAAAAAGAGGAAGAAAAACAAUCAGAAUCAUCGGAUACUGAAAGUUCGGAAUACGAAGAAGAAUCCGAAAGUGAGGAGGAGAAUGAACCACGCUUGAAACCUUUAUUUGUGCGUAAAAAAGAUCGAGCCACCAUACAGGAGAAGGAACGUGAAGCUCAAAAACAAAAGCAAUUGGAAGUAGAGGCUAAACGUUCAGCCAAGGAGAGAAGACGUAAUACACUACGUUUGGUAGAAGAAAGUGUUAAGAAGGAUUUGGAAAAGACUAAGAAUGACACGGCUGAGCCUCACAUUGAAGAUGUAUGUACAGAUGAUGAAAAUGAUGAAGUGGAGUAUGAGGCUUGGAAGUUAAGAGAAUUGAAGCGUAUGAAACGUGAUCGUGAGGAAAGAGAGAAUGCCGAACGUGAAGUAUCCGAAAUUGAUCGUAUGCGUAAUCUCACCGACGAAGAGCGUCGUCAAGAAUUUCGACAAAAUCCCAAACUUGUCACCAAUAAAGCAGUCAAGGGCAAAUAUAAAUUUUUGCAGAAAUACUAUCAUCGCGGUGCUUUCUAUUUGGAUGAGGAAAAUGAUGUUCUGAAACGUGACUUUGCUCAAGCCACUUUGGAGGAUCACUUUGAUAAAACCAUUUUGCCCAAAGUUAUGCAAGUUAAAAACUUUGGCCGCUGUGGACGCACUAAAUACACACAUUUGGUGGAUCAAGAUACCACGAAAUUCGAUUCGCCAUGGUAUGCUGAGACCUCAAAUAAUAUUAAAUUUCAUAAUGAACGUGCUGGCGGCAUGAAGCAAGUAUUCGAUAAACCCUCGCAGUCAAAACGUAAAAAGAUGGAGUAAACUCUUAUUGUUUAUAAACAGCUCGAUAUUUGUGUAUGUAUUAAGUUACUAUAGUUUAAUUAUAAGGUAAAUUACCUUUUUAAUAAAUGUAUGAUCUUUUUUUCGAUAAA